AUGGCAGGGCGCAAGGAUUUUCUCAGUCAGCCAGCGCCGGAAAACUACGUUGCUGGUCUAGGUCGAGGCGCGACCGGUUUUACAACUCGUUCUGAUCUUGGUCCCGCGCGAGAAGGACCUACGCCAGAGCAGAUCCAAGAAGCUCUUGCGAAGCGAGCCGCGCUCCUGGGGACAGCACCUCCGACAGCCUAUGGCGCUUCUGCUCGAGGCGAAAAAGGUGGUGCAAAGCAUAAGGAAGAGGAGGAAGAAGAUGAUGAAAGGUUCCAGGAUCCCGAAAACGAAGUCGGCCUCUUCGCAUACGGCCAAUACGAUCAGGAUGAUGACGAAGCCGACCAAAUCUACCAGCAGAUAGACGAGAGGAUGGAGAAAAGGCGGAGACUUAGAAGGUUAUUCGCUGAUCUAAAACGUUCGUUGGCGACCGUCACAGAUGAGGACUGGGCCAAUAUUCCUGAAGUUGGAGACCUCACGGGCAAGAACAGGCGCGCGCGACAAAAUUUACGCCAAAGAUUCUAUGCAGUUCCGGAUAGUGUGAUUGCAAGCGCAAGGGAUUCUACCGAGUUCACCACUACAGUUGCGGAAGACGGCACCCAAACGUCGAUUCAAACCAGAGAAGGGGCUGACGGCACGAUAACCAAUUUUGCCGACAUCGGUGCUGCAAGGGACAAGGUUCUCCAAGCCAGAUUGGAUCGAGCGGCGCAGAGCUCAGCCGCUGAUGCCGCCUCCGGAAACGCUACCAAUAUUGACCCCAAGGGGUAUUUGACCAGCCUGACAAAGUCUGAAAUGAAAGCGGGAGAAGUCGAAAUUGGCGAUAUCAAACGAGUUCGAGUACUCUUAGAGUCUGUUACGAAAACUAACCCUCGACAUGCUCCUGGCUGGAUUGCUCUUGCGCGAUUAGAAGAAGUUGCAGGAAAAAUUGUGGCUGCAAGGAAUUAUAUUGCGAAAGGAUGCGAGUUGUGUCCAAAAAGUGAAGAUGCUUGGUUAGAGAAUAUCAGAUUGAAUGACAACCACAAUGCAAAAAUUAUUGCAGCAAAUGCAAUCAAACAUAACGAUAAUUCGACGCGACUGUGGAUUGAAGCAAUGAAGCUCGAAACCGAACCCCGCGCGAAAAAGAAUGUACUCCGACAAGCCAUCCUCCACAUUCCUCAAUCCGUUGCAAUAUGGAAAGAAGCUGUGAACCUCGAAGAAGAUGUUGCUGAUGCCCGUCUCUUACUUACCAAGGCAACUGAAAUGAUACCGCUAUCAGUAGAAUUGUGGCUAGCGUUAGCCCGUCUAGAAACGCCCGAGAAUGCCCAAAAGGUCUUGAAUACUGCACGGAAAGCCGUGCCCACUAGUCAUGAAAUUUGGAUUGCAGCCGCACGACUCCAGGAGCAAAUGGGGACAGCAAAUAAAGUUAACGUAAUGAAAAGAGCGGUUCAAGCACUUGCUCGAGAAUCCGCUAUGCCAAAACGAGAAGACUGGAUCGGAGAAGCCGAGAAAUGUGAGGAAGAGGGGGCCGUCCUGACAUGCGGUGCGAUAAUCCGCGAGACCUUAGGCUGGGGCUUGGACGAAGAUGAUGAUAGGAAAGAUAUCUGGAUGGAAGAUGCUAGAUCAAGUAUCGCCAGGGGCAAAUAUGAAACCGCGCGCGCUAUUUACGCUUACGCGCUCAGAGUAUUCGUCAACAAAAGGUCCGUAUGGCUGGCUGCGGCUGAUCUGGAACGUGCGCAUGGAACAAAAGAGAGUCUUUGGCAGUUACUUGAAAGAGCAGUUGAGGCUUGUCCACAAAGCGAAGUUUUGUGGAUGCAGCUUGCUAAGGAGAAAUGGCAGGCUGGGGAAAUUGAUAAUGCAAGACGAGUGCUUGCUAAGGCUUUCAACCAAAACCCUAACAAUGAAGAUAUCUGGCUUGCAGCUGUGAAAUUAGAAGCGGAUGCUCAACAAACGGAUCAAGCUAGGGAGCUCCUCGCUACGGCACGUCGUGAAGCUGGAACUGACCGAGUUUGGAUCAAAAGUGUGGCAUUUGAGCGCCAGUUGGGAAAUACAGAGGCCGCCCUUGAUCUCGUUAACCAAGCACUACAAUUAUAUCCAAAAGCUGAUAAGCUCUGGAUGAUGAAAGGUCAAAUCUAUGAAACAGAGAAAAAGUAUCCUCAAGCGCGUGAAGCUUAUGGGACUGGCACGAGGGCGUGCCCAAAAUCGGUGCCACUCUGGUUGCUUGCGUCCCGGCUUGAAGAGAAACUUGGUGUUGUCGUGAAGUCGCGUUCUAUUCUUGAUCGCGCUCGACUCGCCGUGCCUAAGAAUGCCGAGCUAUGGACGGAAAGUGUCCGCAUCGAACGACGUGCCAAUAACAUUGGUCAGGCUAAGAUAAUAAUGGCGAAGGCCCUUCAAGAAGUUCCAACUUCUGGUCUUCUUUGGAGCGAAAGUAUUUGGCACCUGGAGCCUCGUACACACCGGAAACCUCGAAGUCUUGAAGCCAUCAAAAAGGUGGACAAUGACCCCAUUCUGUUUUUGACUGUCGCGCGGAUCUUCUGGGGGGAACGAAGGUUGGAAAAAGCGAUGACGUGGUUUGAGAAGGCAAUCGUAGCGGACAGCGAUCUGGGAGAUGUAUGGGCUUGGUACUAUAAAUUUCUGAUGCAACAUGGAACAGAGGAAAAACGGGAAGAUGUCAUCAACAAAUGUAUUGCAAGUGAGCCCAAGCAUGGGGAGAUCUGGCAGACGAUUGCAAAAGACCCAGUGAAUGCACACAAGUCUACGGAAGAAAUUCUCAAGCUCACAGCUGAACAUUUAAAUUAG